CAUAGGAAUUGGGCCUGUUUUGCCAGCGCCCGCGUAGCCCAUCAGAGGCGGAUGCCCCUGGCCCCGCGGCCCGGGGGUCUUGUGCAUGCAGGGUGGACAGCGGUGCCUGGCAGCAGCUGUUGUGUGUGGGCUGACCCCGGCUUGGCUGUUGGCCGUGCCCGUAGGGCUGAGCCAGGCCAGGCUGGGCCAUGCGACCCCUGCCUUUCUCGCUGGCGCCCAGGGCAGCGCUGGGACCUGGGCCCGGGUCUCGCUCGCUGCGGCAGACUCAGAUGUGAGACUGAGGAUCGCUCUGCCUUGGCAUGCCACGGCCGCCCGCUCUGGGGACCGGCAGCCUCUCCCGACACAGCGCCUAGCGAGAGGGGACUAUGGGCAGGCGUUUCGCUUUCCUGUCCCUCUGGGGUGACUCUCGCCAAAAAGCCAUUGAUCUGGUAACAAAAGCAACGGAGGAGGAUAAGGCCAAGAACUAUGAGGAGGCGCUGCGGCUGUACCAGCAUGCUGUGGAGUACUUCUUACAUGCCAUCAAGUACGAGGCUCACAGCGACAAGGCGAAGGAGAGCAUCCGGGCGAAGUGCGUGCAGUACCUGGACCGGGCGGAGAAGCUGAAGGAUUAUCUACGCAGCAAAGACCGACAAAGCAAGAAGCCCGUCAAGGAGUCUCAGAAUGACAGCAAGGGGAGCGACAGCGACAGCGAGGGCGAGAACCCUGAGAAGAAGAAGCUGCAAGAACAGCUGAUGGGCGCCGUAGUGAUGGAGAAGCCGAACGUGCGGUGGAACGACGUGGCCGGGCUGGAGGGCGCCAAGGAGGCCCUGAAGGAGGCCGUCAUUCUACCCAUCAAGUUCCCACACUUGUUCACAGGUAAACGCACUCCCUGGCGCGGGAUCCUGCUCUUCGGGCCCCCGGGCACGGGCAAGUCCUACCUGGCCAAGGCCGUGGCCACCGAGGCCAACAACUCCACCUUCUUCUCCGUCUCCUCCUCGGACCUGAUGUCCAAGUGGCUGGGGGAGAGCGAGAAGCUGGUGAAGAAUCUCUUUGAGCUGGCCCGGCAGCACAAACCCUCCAUCAUCUUCAUCGACGAGGUGGAUUCCCUGUGCGGCUCCCGCAACGAGAACGAGAGCGAGGCCGCCCGCAGGAUCAAGACGGAGUUCCUGGUGCAGAUGCAGGGUGUCGGCAAUAACAACGACGGGACCCUGGUGCUGGGGGCCACGAACAUCCCCUGGGUCCUGGACUCGGCCAUUAGACGAAGGUUUGAGAAGCGCAUCUACAUCCCGCUGCCGGAGGAGGCGGCCCGCGCCCAGAUGUUCCGGCUGCACCUGGGGAACAGGCCCCACAGCCUGACGGAGGCCAACAUCCACGAGCUGGCCAGGAAGACGGACGGCUACUCGGGAGCCGACAUCAGCAUCAUCGUGCGAGGCAGCCUGGGGCCUGUCCCCUCUGGCCUGUUGCAGGUGCGAGGCCCGUCUCGAACCAAUCCCAGUGUAACCGUUGACGACCUCCUGACCCCAUGCUCGCCAGGAGACCCCGGGGCCAUUGAGAUGACUUGGAUGGAGCUCGCCUGCACCACCAGCAGCCUGGGGCCUGUCCCCUCUGGCCUGUUGCAGGUGCGAGGCCCGUCUCGAACCAAUCCCAGUGUAACCGUUGACGACCUCCUGACCCCAUGCUCGCCAGGAGACCCCGGGGCCAUUGAGAUGACUUGGAUGGAGGUGCCGAGUGACAAACUGCUGGAGCCAGUGAUCUCCAUGUCAGACAUGCUGCGCUCGCUGGCCACCACCCGCCCCACCGUGAAUGCGGAGGACCUCCUGAAGGUGAAGAAAUUCUCAGAGGACUUUGGACAGGAAGGUUAACCGCUUCCGCCGGGGUGGGGGCUGGGCUGGCCGGGCGCGCCUUGCGGUGGAUGCUUGCAGUGCCCCAGUGCCGGCGGGCGGACGGUGCCAAGCAGGGGCUGUUCGGCUCACGACUCAGCCCGCCUCGCGGCCCCCGCUGGGACGUGACAGCAGCCCCGCCGUCAGCCCGGCACAGUCCCCUCCCCGGGUGUCCCGACUCUUCCUGCUUUUUUUUUAAUUAUUUUUUUUAACUUAAUGCUGCUUGUUUUGUCUCGUUUAUACAAAAAUAAAAAUGAUCCAAAAGCUG